AUAAAUACUUAAACGAAGUUUAAAUUUAAUUUGAUCAGUAUCCACAGAACGGUGUUAAAAGGAUAUUAUCAAAAUGGCAAUUUCAAAUACGAGUCUUGUCCUAAUCCUCAUCGUAACUCUCGUGACAAUUGUCACUGGUCAUAACAGCUUUAAUUAUGGCGGAGGCUAUAGUAACCUUGGAGGGUAUAACGGAGGAUACGGUUACGAUCAAGGUUACGGGGGCUACGGACUGAGCGGCUAUGGCGGACAUGGUGGUUAUGGUCACGGACAUGGACACAGUGGCUAUGGACAAAACGGUUAUGGCGGAUACGGCAGUUACGGACACAGUGGAUACGGUCAACACGGCUUUGGACAUGGAGGACAUGGACAAAGCAGUUACGGUUCAUUUGGCGGAUAUUUUAGACGUUAAGAAGUCCUAAUUUAU